AUGUACACAGCUGAGCUGUUGCUGGCAGAUGCUGCUAGCUUCCAGCACAAUCUCGCGAAGCGGAAUGCAGACGAAGUGCCACAGGCAUGGGACGCUUUUACCCGGUACAUUACUGAAGUCAUGGGAAAGAAGCAGACCCUGAAUGUUUCGAACUUUUGCAGGAUUGGCUGGAAGGUGGAAGAGGGUCUUCACCAGCCUCGCAUGAGGCCACACUUCAACAUUUCCGAUGCCUUUGCGAUAAGCUGCCGAGCAGACGCACGUUCCCAGCUGCAGGGGCCCGCUCACAGUGUGGGCCUUCGAGACGUCACUGCCGGCUUGCUGGUUCAACUUCAGUGCAUCGCUCGGGGCGAUGGAGUUAAGCUUGUCAAGCAGUUCUUGGGCACAUUCGUGGCAUCCAUGUCAGUAGCCGAGAGAGCGAGUGGGGCCUUGUGGGGUCUCUUUGCUGGUGAUGCUCUGGCAAUGCCUGUGCACUGGUACUACGGAGGGGCAGAUCAGAUUCGAGAGGAUUUCGGUGGCAAGCUGCUGUCCGGUUUUGAGCGUUCAGUUCACCCGUUCCCGGAUUCCAUCAUGCAGCUAAGCAGCACCGGAGGAGGUGGCAGAGGAAGCAACGAAGGAGAUGUAGUCGGAGGAACAAUCCUGCAGGACAAGAAGGAAUACUGGCGCCGUGGUGGCCAGUUUCACUAUCAUCAUACCUUGGAUGCUGGUGAAAACACGCUGGAAGCAUCGCUUGCGCGGGUUGUGUUGCGGAGCCUGAGGAGCACCGGUAGGUUUUCGGCGAGCGACUUUCGACAGCGAUACAUUGAGUUCAUGACGACACCUGGUACGCACAACGACACUUAUGCUUCCACUUGCCACCGCAUGUUCUUCCAGAAAUGGCGAGCAGGUGUUGAUCCGAAGGAUUGUCCAGACAACGAUGGUCACAAUGUCGAUACGAUGGAUGGUCUGGUCAUUCCCGCCGUAGUCGCUUUGAUCUCACUGGCUCAGGGCGAGGAUGUUGCAACUGCUGCUGCACGCGCGGUGGAAGCACUAGCGGUGACACGAUCAUCUGAGGUGCUCCCUGAAUAUGUCAGGACUACGACCUACAUGCUGGAUAAGGUCAUGCGUGGGACGUCCUUGGACUCUGCUUCCAUGCAGACUUCGCUGGAGGUCUACGAGAGCGCUGUCUUUGACAGGAAGCGCCGAGGGACUGAUCCGGUUGUUGCUUGCUACAUUGGUGGGUCUUUCCCGGCAUUGCUGCACUUUGCGUACAAGUACGCUGGCGACGACGCUUGGGAUGCCCUUCUGGCUUCUGCGAAUGCUGGAGGGGAGAACGUGCACCGCAACGAGGUGCUGGGGUUACUACUGGGUGCUGCGCAGGGGCGGAGGGGCCUGAAGACCCAGGAGGAGGCUUUGAAGCAUUAUGCUGAGCUGGAAGAGGAGAUUCAGGCAGUUGUCGAGCAGGCGCUGCUGGGCAGGCCUACUUGCAAUCACGGGGUGGGCGAUGUUUGGUGGGGUCGACGCGGGCAGAUGCAACAGUUCGAGGAGUGCCUGCGGGCGAUCAUACAGCAGCUGACAGAAGCAAUCGCAUCGGGUCGAGAGGUUGGCCUUGGGAUGGGCGUCGGCACGCUUCGUUCCUGCCAGCGCGUCGUCAGCUUCAGCUUCUCCGCGGAACUCUACGCGAGCGAGGGCUUGCAGGUGCCGCCUGAUGCCGCGGAGCAAAGUCGGCCCGCGAAGACUUUCACUCCGCCCUCGAAAGACGCGCUGUCUUUGACCGUUGAUUCCAACCAGUUCCGUGGCACCGUCAAAGCAACUGAUCUCGGGGGCUUUCAUGAUACCGGGACGCCGGCUGCCCUCGCCCUGGGCAGCUCCAGUGGUUCGGGCAUGUCUAAGGAGGAGCUGGCACAGAGGGAGGCCAGGGAUCGGCAUCUUGCUGACAUCAGUGAAGAAGCUGAAGAAGCCGUACAGCAGAGAGAGCUCUGGCAAAAUCACCUCAGGCGUUGCAUGGAGGAAGAGAAGAAGGACAUGGACUGGAGAAGCGCGAUAGAGCGUGAUUACCGGGAGAUGCUGAAGGAUCAGAUACGAGAACACCAGCUGCGGCGGGAAGAAGCCAAGCGCGCGUCGGUUGAACAGGCUUCGAUGCACGGGUUUCCCGACUUCUCAAAGCCGUCCAACAUUUCCGUAAAGGACUACAUCGUUGAGCGGCGCUUGCAUCUAAAGGAGGACCUGGACAACCAGGUGGAGCUCAAGAAGCGCCAGAAGGAACACAGAAAGGCCAUCGAACAUGAGAUGGACCACAUCAACAACCUCGCAGCACAUACCGAGCUCGUGCAGCAGCGAGUCAAGGACCGCGAGCGAGGAAGACACGUUCUUCAGGAGUGUUUGCAAAAUUGGGAGGACACAAAGCGCAUAAAAGACGCCAAAGCCGCCAUAACCCAGUUCAAAAAGUCUCCUGCGGCGUCUGGUGUGGGCCUGGCUGACAUGGUUUCGAGCCUGCGCUCCGACGCUGGAGCCGCCGGAUGCCUGAGUGCUCGAGAAAAGACUCCUAGCAAUCCUCCGAUGGCUGUGCCGAAGGCCCGCGGUGAGCGGCCACAGAAAGUGAACAUCGCUGCCGAGCUGCCAGCGACUCCCAGCGAAGAUGCGGUUUCCAUGCCUCUUUCAAGUCGGCCAACCACCGGCUCGGUGCGUCGCUUUCCAAUCUCGGCCGCCGCCAACCUGGCGCUCACGAAGAAGCGCCUCAAAGAACGUGGAAUGAUGUGA